AUGUUCCUGAGAGAGAGCUUUGAGGCGCAGCUCCAUGCUGCACUGGACCAUAAGUACAAUGUGAUCAUAGAGACUACAAAGAGCACAGAGGUCAAAGAGCAGAUGAGGCACCUCAGGGUUCGGGUUCGGUCCAACAGGGUUCGCUGCUGGCUAGGAGCUAGGAGUCUCUGUUUCCUGUCGCUGGCUGCCUUUGUUCGCUCCAGAGACUCAAAGUGCGCAGAAAUGAGGAACAUGUCCGCCGUGCAGCUGCUGCGGGUGUCGGUACAUGCGCGGAUCACUGCUGCCGCUGAAGACUUCCUGCUGCAGGUGGAGAAAGGAGGAGGAAAGGCUCAAGUCCCAGAGCUGAGAGCGCUGCUCACCUCGCGGCUCGCGGCCGCGGGGGAGGAGAUCCUUGCGGGGCUUGAGGAAACCUUGGCAGAAUACGAAGCCAGAAUGGAACAGACAGAGCGGUCCGAGCGGGAGAUCUGCCGCCAGAUGAAGCUGCUCGAUGCCGUAAUGCAGCCCGUAGUCCGGCUGCACAGAGCAGUGAGUCCUGCAGAUGUCCAGCAACUGAUGGUGAAUAAAGAAGAGGUUCCCCCUGAGCAGCAGCAGUGGAGCCCCCUUGUGGACCAGGAGGACCAAGAGCCCCCCAACUUAAAAGAGGAACAGGAGGAAACGUGGACCAAUCAGGAUGGACAGCAGCUUCAAGGACUGGAGGAGGCUGACAUCAAGUUCACAUUGACUCCUGUCGCUGUGAAGAUUGAAGAAAAGGAAGAGAAACUUAAAACGUCAAAGCUUCAUCUGAGUGAGACGAAGGAGAACAGAGCGGACUGUGGAGGACCAGAACCAGUCAGGAACUUAGGUCCUGAUGGACGUUUACAACCAGGUCCUGAGGACAAGACUGAAGACUCUUCUGAGACUGAAGAAAGUGAGGAUGAUUGGAUGGAGACCAGGGAAAAUCAGAGUGAUUUAAAUACAAGUAAUCACAAACAGCCUCUGAGUGAUAUUGGAUCAUUGGGACAUUUCCUCAAACCGUGAAAACAUUGAGGUACGGCGACGGUUCAUCCUUCGCCAAAGGAGAUGAUGUUGUCGAGAGGCGGUGGACUAGUGGCAGAAACUUGGACUAUGGGCAGAAAAGGUCUCUGGUUCGUCUCUGGUUCGACUCCACGGAGAAACAACAAAAAGACAAACCUGGAUGAUCUGUCCAGAAAUCCAAGAGGAUUCUCCCUACCCUGUCUAGUGCCCCUGAGCAAGGCACCUUACUCCCCCAACACCUGCUCCCCGUGCGCAGUACAUGGUUGCUCACAGCUCUGUGUGUCCUACACCAGAUGGGUCAAAAGCAGAUAUUAAAUUUCCCUACCUGCAUGAGUGUGCCUGUGCAUGUCUAUGCAUGUGUUUGGGACUAAUAAAUGCAUCUUAAUCUUAAUCUUAUUAAUUCCACUGUUUCUUAUCCUAUCACCACCAAACUUCUGUCUCAUGAUCAGAGUCCAAGCCUGAACAGCUCUAUGUGUCAAUAUUUCCUCAGUUAUAUUAAUUUUGUUCAGGCAAAAGGCAAAACGCAUGCAAGGCUUCAAAUAACAUGUGCUCGGGCCCACUCAGUGCUGCUUUGCAGUCCUAGAAAUGUUAGAAAUUGUAUUUAUGAUUUGCUUCUUGUUAGCGUCGACUAGACUAGUUUGCAUUGCACAUGCGUAAAAGCCAAAAUCGCAGUUUCUUGUUAAACUUACAACUACAGGAGCUACAGUUGUUUUGGCAAUGUUGGUCCCUUAUAGUUGGUACUUUCCAGGGUUUAGCAAUCCUGGUUUAUAGUUGGUACUUUCAAGGGUUGAGCAAUCCUGGAUAUAUAUGUAAUUGUAUAAAUCAUUUCAUAUAAUCUACAUACUUAUUAAAUAGGGGAUUUUACAAUGAC